UUAUUAUUAUUACGUAGACGUUCGUUUUGACGUUCGAUCGGUCGUUCAAUCGUUCAAUUUUGGCACGGUGUACGUGCCAUACUGGAGUGUGUCUCCGCAUCCUCAAGCUACAUCGUCUGAAUAAAGCAUCGGGAGUUUUGGGGUCAGAUCCUGCAGAAGACCAGGUUCCUGUCCUUUAAAUUGUUAAAUAUUAGAAUGAUCCCAUUCUAUAUCGUCGCCACCAAAGUUUUCCAAGUCCUUCAGAAGUGUUCACGGCCAUGGUAAGAAAAGGCAUAACAGACACAAAAUCGGAGUAUACCUUCACUUCAAAACAACAAGUUAUCUGAGGUAAGCAUAUGAUCAGGAAAUAGUGGACAUUUAAGGAAUAAUAUUGGCUGUGGAACUGUUCAACUUUCAGUAAAGGACAAACUAAACUCAGUAACCUGGGCCGACAGAGGUCCCCCACCAUUCGAUACCGAUUUAACUCUAUGUAUCAUCUGCAGUGUUGGGAGUAACGGCGUUUAAGUAUAACGGCGUUACUAACGGAGUUAAAUUUUCAGUAAUGGAGUAAUCUAAUUAAUUACUUUUCCCAUUAUUGCAACGCCAUUAUCUUUACUGAUAAUGUAAAGUGUCGCGUUACUACAAUUUGGUUGAAUAAAGCGCGAGGUGUCAUGCUUUGGCUAGUGACUGCACAUCAGCUGCCUGACACCGUUGCAAAAAAAAGAUAAUGAUUGGCUGGGUGGGCGGUGCCCUGCUCACGCCCCUCACUGCACGCUCUGAUAACCACUAAGCACAAGACGGCAUCAGUGAUAAUGGCUUUCUCGAACUGGAAGUACCAGGAAUUAAAGGCAAGGCAAGAACGUUUCUGUAACAUGCAUGAAAACACGCUGCCUGUUAGACUCCAAGAGAGGGGAUCUCGAAGAGAUGACUGCAAGCAUGAUGAUGCUCAGGCUGUGUGGACUCCUUCUUAUAUGCUCAAGUCUAAUAGAUUCUAAAUUAGACAUCAUCAGUGGUGACCCAGAUAUUCAGGUGGGACAAGAGACUCUGCUUUUGUGCAAAGCUGAUUCAGAGGGAGAUUUUAGUUGGUUGAUAGAUGAUGAAGAAAUCGAUGAAGAUCGCCAUGUAGUCGAGAAAAUUGAUGAGUCCUCGAGUAAACUGAUCUUGAAGAAUGUUGAAUUGAAUGAUGCUGGAAACUAUACCUGCGUGUUUGAAAAUGAUCAAGGACAGAGGAAGAUUACCUACCAGAUCUACAUCUACCAAACACCGGACUUUGGCGACACAUCAGUGUACCAUGAAUUUCUGGUGAACCAGACAGUGGAGAUUCCCUGCGAGGUGUCUGGGCAGCCUGCGGUGGAGAUCCUCUGGUUUCGGAAUGAUAGCAUCAUUAAAGAUGACGGACGAGGUAAUCUCAGAAUCCUGUCAAAUAAGUCUCUGCAGAUUUCAGGAAUUCAGCAGGAAGACAGCGGAACCUACACGUGUGUGAGCAGGAUCAAGGGACGCCCCACAGAAAGGAGGCUCCAGAUCUCUGUUGAUGUUAAUGAGCCACCAACCGUCCUGAUUGACCAGGACACAAAAAGGGUUUUGGCCGGACCCGACACCACUGUGUCUAUAACCUGCCGGGUCAAAGGAGUACCCCGUCCAAAUAUUUCAUGGACACUCCCAUCCACCUCUGACGAGUCCCGUCACAAAUACAGCUCUGAUAAGAGUGAGCUCACCAUCUCUGCAGUGACCAGGAGGGAUUUUGGAAAGUAUGUUUGCAAGGCUACCAAUAAGAUCGGGGAAGACUCCGACACAUUUACUUUAGAUGUCUCAGUCAGUCAGCCGGCGUUAGGGAAAGGAGUUGUGGUGGGAAUUGUAAUGUUCAUCUUCUUGGUGCUGAUGGUGUCAGUAGAUGCUUUCUGUUGUUACACCAAACACUGCGGCCUGCUUCAUUUCCUCGCUCACAAAAUAUUUGGAUACAAGAUUUCAGUGUCUAAAGGACUGGAUGAAGAGGCCUUUAAAAAAUACUAGUCUUCUGAAUACAUGUGAUACAUUUGUGUGAGGAAAAGUCCUCACAUUAUUUUCAUUUUUUGGUGAACUAUUCCCGUAUGUAAAGUACACACACAUCAAGAAAGUGCAAAGAUACUUUACUUUGGAAUAGAAGUGUAAAUAAUUAAAUAUUGUAAAAUAUAUAAUAAUUAUACAUUUUAUUGUAUUCCUCACUGUUAUGAACUGGUUUAUAACAAAAGCUGAUUAUAAUUGAAACAAUAACACUUCACAAUAAAGAUUGAAUAAAGUUUAAAAACAAUACAAUAAAGAAUAGAGGGUUUUUACCAAAUGUUUUAAAACCAUGUUUAAUGUUUUUUUUUUUUUUACUAACAUAACAACCGAGAUAAAUUAAUUAUAUAAAUUAAUUUAAAAAAAUUAUGAAUGCAUUUUAAACUAACAAACUAAGUGUUAAUAUUUUAAAUAUGUUUUAGAAUACAUAUAGACAAAAUGAUUAAUAAUUCUCAAAAAAACUCAUAAUUAACAAUUAACCUUAUGAUCUUUUUUUAUAUUAUGUCUAAGAUGGUGCAUUCAGAUGGAUUUGCUGUGUCCUGUGUGUGAUUGCUCUCUCCUAAGCUUCA